AGAUGUAUGCAGCUGAAGAAAUUGGUGGAUGAGAAUACAAACGCUCUUCAUAAUUUGAAAAAAGCUGAUGAGCCUGCGCCUGUGGGGAACUAUAACCAGAGGAAAGAAGAAGAAGAAAAGCUCUUGCUAAAACUCUCGCAGCAGCUGCAGAAACUUGUUCUUGUGUUGGAUCAGGAUAACGUGACUACGACUUACGCAGCGGAUGAGGAACAUCAGAAAGAUCCUCAAACAGAAGAUGAAAAUGGAGAAGAGGAUGAGAGUGAAGAUGAAGAAAGUAGUGAGGAGGAAGAAGACAGUGAAGAAACAGAUGAUGAAGAUGAGGAUAAAUUGUUGGAUGAUCCAAAUGUUAAAGAAUGCGUUGCAGUUGGAAACUUUAACGCACAGCAGGAAGGGGAUCUCACAUUUACGAAAGGUGAGGUCCUGCUUAUACACGACAAGAAGGCGGAUGGCUGGUGGGUAGCCGAAAACUCGAAAGGGGAGAGAGGCCUUGUUCCUAGAACCUAUCUUGCGGUCCAUCGCGAAGAUGUCGACAGCCAAGAGCAAAGUGAAGAACACAUAGAAGUGGUGGAUGAAACAGCAGAUGGAACUGAAAUUAAAAAAAGAACAGAUUCUCACUGGAGUGCUGUAAGAAGAGCUAUCACAGAGAAUGACACAGUAGAGGUAUUGGCAACCAUAGGAGCAGUUCCUGCAGGAUUCCGCCUAUCCACACUUUUCCAGCUCUUAGAAGAAGGCGAUCAGUUUCGAGGAAGUUACUUUUUGCAGCCUGAACUUACUCCAUCACAGUUGGCUUUCAAGGACUUGGUGUGGAACUCUGAAAAAAAUACUAUCUAUCCUCGACCAACUCGAGUAUCGCUGAUUGUAACGUUAUCUAGCUGUAAAAUGAUUCCUCUCCCAGGAGUCAGCAUACAGGUUCUCAGUAGACAUGUUCGCCUCUGUCUAUUCGACGGCAAUCGGGUGCUGAGUAACAUUCACACGGUGAGAGCUACGUGGCAACCUAAAAAUCCUCAGACAUGGACCUUUUCUCCAAGGGUAACGGGCAUUUUACCCAGCUUGCUGGAUGGUGACUGUUUUGUCAGGUCCAACUCUCUGUCUGCAGACAUCGGUAUAUUAUUUGAACUUGGCAUCACUUAUAUUCGCAAUUCAACAGGUGAAAGAGGAGAGCUAAGCUGUGGCUGGGCCUUUCUGAAGCUUUUUACUUCUAAUGGAAUGCCUGUUCCUUCCAAGAUGUAUGAGCUGCUAUUAAAUGGCGGCACUCCCUACGAGAGAGGCGUUGAGGUUGACCCAUCAAUAUCGAGAAGAGGCAGUGGUGUUUUUCAUCAGUUUAUAACACUGAAGAAACAGCCUGUGCUUAUAGUGAAACUGAGGUCAUUAAGCACGCAAUCAAAAGACAUCCUGAAUUUGCUACCAGAAACGUUAAUUGGCAGUAUGUGCUACAUCCAUCUCUUGAUAUUUUAUCGACAAAUACUUGGUGAUGCACUCCUGAGAGACAGAAUAAGCAUGCAAAGCACAGAAUUGAUCUGUAAUCCUAUUUUAGCAACUUUCCCUCAACUCAUGGAUCAACCAGACCUGAUGGAUGCACUUCGGAGCGCUUGGGCAGAUAGAGAAAGAACGUUGAAGAGAUCUGAGAAGAGAGAUCGAGAAUUUCUGAAGUCUGUGUUCGUGCUGGUGUACCACGACUCUGUCUUCCCUCUCCUCCAGUCCACUUUCCUCCCUGACUACAAGUGGGCUGAGGAAGAGUCCGAAGCAUCUCGCUGGAAGGCGAUUGCUGACUUUUUGAAAAAGAGCCGAGAGAAUGAUGGUGCACUUCAGUAUCUGCUGUCGUCAGAAAACACUCACAAACCCUUUGAUAUCUCAGAGCUGGCUUACGAUUUCUUAGGAGAAGCGAGGAAAAACAAUCCUGGAGUAUGA